UUUCCACUGACUGUGGAAAACAAGCAUGUGGCCCAGUUGUUGCUCAGUACUGGUACCUGUCCAAGAUGUAUCUUCAGAUUCUGUGGUGUGGAUUUUCAUGCACCAUACAAACUUCCCUGCAAGAUGAAGAAACUGAGGCACAGAGAGGUUAAGCAACCUGCCCAAAGUUACACAGCUAUUAAGUGAGCAAGCUAGGAUAUGAACUGUUUGUCUGAAUCCAAAGCCUAGAAUUUGGAGCUAGAAGACAUGGAUUUGAAUCCCAGUUUCAGCACUUUCCAGCUUCAGUUUUCUUCUCUGUAAAUGGGCGUGAUGAUAACAUCCACCUCACAGGAUUUUAAGGGACAAUAUCUAAUAAAGAGUUGCUCAAUGAACUGCAAAAAUUUCUGGAAACUGAAAAAGAUGAAUUAGUUUCAGAAGUUCCAAACCCACCUCCCAAGAAAAUUCGACUACAAGAACUAGAAGAUGGGAUUGAUGGGAUGGAUAAUCUGAGUCAAAAUGGAGAGGGAAAGACCUCGAUUAUUGAAGAUGGAAGCAUUGCUUCCAAGAACUCAAAUUUAAAUGUAUGCAAUGUAUGCCUAGGAAUUCUUCAAGAUUUCUGUGAAAAAGAGUUCAUUAAAAAGGUGUGCCAAAAGGUUGAGGCCUCUGGGUUUGAAUUCACUAACUUGGUAUUGUCAAUCUCCUUCCCACCACAGCUAUCUGUAAGAGAGCAUGCUGCAUGGUUGCUGGUAAAACAGGAAAUGGGAAAGCAGAGUCUGUCGCUGGGAAGAAAUGAUAUAGUUCAGCUAAAAGAAGCCUACAAAUGGAUAACUCACCCCCUGUUUUCAGAGGAACUGGGUGUUCCCAUUGAUGGAAAGAGCUUGUUUGAAGUGAGUGUGGUCUUUGCUCACCCAGAAACAGUUGAGGAUUGCCACUUCCUACGUGUGAUAUGCCCAGAUUGUUUCAAGCCAGCCAAAAACAAAAAGUCAGUAUUCACUAGAAUGGCAGUUAUGAAAGCUUUGAAUAAGAUUAAAGAAGAGGAUUUCUGCAAGCAGUUUCCUUGUCCUCCAAACUCACCAAAGGCUGUAUGCAGUGUUGUUGAAAUUGAAUGUGCUCAUGGUGCUGUUUUUGUGGCUGGGAGAUAUAAUAAAUAUGCCAGGAAUCUACCACAAACUCCUUGGAUAAUUGAUGGAGAAAGGAAGCUGGACUCUUCAGUGGAAGAAUUAAUUUCAGACCAUCUUUUGACAGUGUUCAAAGCAGAGAGCUUUAAUUUUUCAUCCUCUGGGAGAGAAGAUGUAGAUGUGAGAACAUUAGGAAAUGGAAGGCCCUUUGCAAUUGAGCUGGUGAAUCCUCAUAGAGUACAUUUCACUUCACAAGAAAUUAAGGAACUUCAGCAGAAAAUUAAUAACUCGUCUAACAAAAUCCAAGUCCGUGACUUGCAGCUUGUCACAAGAGAGGCAAUAGGUCAUAUGAAAGAAGGUGAAGAAGAAAAGACCAAGACCUAUAGUGCCUUAAUAUGGACAAAUAAAGCAAUACAGAGGAAGGACAUUGAAUUCCUAGAUGACAUAAAGGACUUAAAGAUUGACCAGAAAACACCUUUACGGGUCCUUCACCGGAGGCCCCUGGCUGUGAGAACUCGCAUCAUUCACUCCAUGGAGACACACUAUGUGGAUGAGCACCAUUUCCGCCUCUAUCUGAAGACUCAGGCAGGAACUUACAUUAAAGAGUUUGUACAUGGAGACUUUGGAAGAACAAAGCCGAACAUUUGCUCUCUCAUGGAUGUGACUGCAGACAUUCUUGAGCUGGAUGUUGAGUCUGUAGAUGUUGAUUGGCCCCCUGCUCUGGAUGACUAGCUUUCAAUGGGACACAAAGAGUAGGGUUUUCCGGCAAAAUGUGGACGUCCAUUCAGCAUACACUGUAAAAUGGCUGUUUUUACUCACCAUAACGGUGUCUUGGAAACCAUUUGGAUCAUGUUGAUCUAUUUUUAAAUUUGUUGUAACAUCUCAGGAUCUAUGUACAUGUAUAUUUUGUGUUGAAUUGUUCUAAGGAUGUCUCAUGAUUUUUCUCGUUCCUUCUCCAACCCCCCCCCAAGCCAAACUAUGAAUAAUGAAACCAUUCAUUCAGAGAGGUACACAAACAGGAUACAUUCUCUGAAAAUCUGAGAAGCUGUAAUUUCUUUCAGCAAAAUUGCCCUCCACAGGAUAGAUACCACUUUUAAAAUCAGGUUUAAAAAUUUUUAAAUGAUCUUGAUAAAAGUUACAUCUAGAUUUAUGCAGCACAGUAUCCUUGUAAUAUUCUAAGAUACCAAAUGCAAAUCUGACAUCAUUAAUAUUUUUCCCAGUAAGCUUCAAGCAAGCUAUUACCAAUAGAAGUGUGUUUUGGUACGAUUUGUCACAAACCCUAAUGACUCUAAGUUACUCUUUUGACAAUCUAAAAUUGUCAGUACAUUUCCUGGGGGAGAGAAUGUGAGACCUUAGGAAUUGAGGCAUACCAUAGUAAGAGACUUUCAUAAAUCUUUUAAAUAAGGAGUCACAAGUGCCUUCAAUGACUUCAAUCCCAGGGAUAAGAUUUAGAAAAACUGACAUUGCUAAACAAAGGUAAGCUGAUAUUAUUCCAGAGUGCUUCAAUGUAUUAUCCAAUUUCAAACAUCUUCAUCAGGUAGAUAGGGUAUUAUCAUCUCCACUUUAUGAAUAUGAAAACCAAAGAAUAGAAGUGAACUGACUUAUCUAAAAUUGUUAGUUACUUCCAUAUCUAGGACUAGGACUUAAGUUUCCCAGUCUCCAGGGUCUUUUCUAAUAAAUCUUAUUACUGAGCAUCUGCUACAUGAAGGAGGCACCCAAGAAUGUCAUUUUAAUGGACGUAACCAUGAGAAUUGACUUUUGGAAUUUAGAUACCAAAUCAAGCUUACCAAAAAAUUGCCCAAGUAAAUUUCACGUGAGCUCAUAUGAUUACGAUUUGUUAAUUAGUUAAUCAUUAGUUGGUACUACGAAGAGGAAAAACAUUAAAGAAGCAAAGAAAAUGGACAGAUCAUUAAGAGAAAAGUUUCAGAAAAGAGUCUCAUUAAAAUUUCAGAUUUAAGUGCAAUUUCCAUCACCCUGAUUUAACUUUCUGAGCUUAUUUUGGAACACAUGUGACUUGGACAGUAUUGGAUUAUUCAAUUUCCCAUCUCUACAUUAAACAUGCUUCAGAGAUACUAAGUUGUAUCAUUCACCUUAAGAAUCAGGAAAACAGUUUAACUGACAUGAAGAAAUAUCAUAUGUGAAUAAUAGCAAAUAACUUUUUCAUUAUUUUCAAUGCCGGUAAAUGAGAAAGGGAUAAUAGAAAUAAACUUGAUAAAAAGGUAAGAACGUUUGUGUGAAUGUUUCUCAGUUUUGGGGGAAACUUUGCUACAAAAGAGAUUUAAGUAAUUUGGGAAAUAGUCUUUUGCAGGUUUCUUUUUGGCUCAGCUUUGAAUUCAGUGGAUCUGCAAAUGGAAGAAUUAAGAAUCUCCUUAGCAAACUUAAAUUAGAAGACUUGUUUUUAAAAUUUCUAUUCCUGGGAUUAUACAAAAUUUCAAGAGUAAGCAUUAGCUGCAAAUACUUAUUCCAAAUAUCCAUAUGAGACAUAGGUUGUUAAAAAU